UUUAGAGCAACAUGAUCGUACCAAUGUAGUUUCGGUUUUCACAGAAUAGAUCUGACAUUUCGGCCACAAUUUCUUAUUAUUUGAAAUAUGGCUUCUCUGGAUAAACCUGAUGUUAGUGACGCAUUGAUGAACUUAAUCUACCGGCAUCUGAAGGACAACGGUUACAAGAAAGCAGCCAACGUGCUCAAAAAGCAUAUUCCUAAGGGGGAAGAAGGUGUGGCAAGCACUUCCUUACGUGAUAUUUAUAACAAAUGGACCGCGGGGUCGCAGAGCGGAAGUAAGGCUGCUGAAGUUUCCAGCAGUAUAUCAAGUUCCAGUGACGAUGAGGAGACCCAGAGAUCAGUACCACUGGUAAAAACUUCCAAGACCAACACACCAGCAACUCCAGUCACUAACACAGAUGCGCAAACAGUUCCCUCUACUGCAUCACCAUCCCAUCCCAAAGGAAAGAGAGCCAGUAAGAAAGAUAGCAAGACACCUUCUAAGAAGAACACACAGGGCGCAGGGAAACCAGCAAAACGGAAGCAGAAGUCUGAUGCUCCAGCCCCUAAAGCCAAGCGGAGAAGGAAAGGCUCUGAACCAGAGGCAGCUUCCACAGUUUCCUCCAUUCCCACUGCUUCCACCACAGAUGCAGAUGGGUCGGACUCCGACAGCAGUCUGGAUGUGGAGAAAUGGAAGAAACUUGCCUUGGAACUGACAGAUGCUGAUAUUGCAAGGAUGGAAGCGAUCACCUCGGUAAACUCCAAGAGUCCAUCAAAUGGCAGAAAGACGCCCAGAAAGAAACCAGCAGCAAAGAUCUCAAAAACUACUGCCUUGGUGAAGAAGUCCCCUUCAAAACCCAGAGGUGCCCAGAAGAACUCCGCGUCAAAAGCAGUUAAAUCAAAGACAGUCAAGAGCCCAUCUGAUGACAAGAAGACAAAAAAUGUUCAAGAGGCCAGUAAGACAAAAACAAGUAAAACUAAGAAGGAUCCAUCAAAGUCUGCAAAGGUCAAGACUACUAAAGCCAUAUCGCAUAACGGUACUUCAGAAGCUAAGAUCACAGACACUGCCUCAGCUGACCAGAAUGGCAAGACCCCAAAAAAAUCACUGAAAGAAAAGAAUCUCAAGACCUCCUCUAAAGAAACAACAGCUACCAAUUCUUGUGACGUAGAAAAUGCAGUGACUGCCUUAGCUGAUCAAAGCACAAAGACAAAACCUCGUAAACAGAAGACUCCCAAGACCCCUUCUAAAGACAGUUCAGCUACAACCUCAUUAACAGACAAUGCAUCUUCUACCACAGAAACUGUAAAAACAAAUUCAAACAGCAACACAACCAAUACAUCAGUUGAAAGUAGUACAACACCCUCAAAGGCUAAGAAACACAAGACACCCAACACCCCUUCUAAAGACAGCGCAGCAACUAAUUCAACAGAAGUUGAAAACACAGAGAAGACUUCAAAAGCUGGCAAACACAAGACUCCCAAGACCCCUUCUAAAGACAGUUCAACUACAACCUCAUUACCAGACAAGGCAUCUCCUUCUACCACAGAAACUGUAAAAACAAAUUCAAACAGCAACACAAUCAAUACAUCAGUUGAAAGUAGUACAACACCCUCAAAGGCUAAGAAACACAAGACACCCAACGCCUCUUCUAAAGAUAGUGCAGCAACUAAUUCAACAGAAGUUGAAAACACAGAGAAGACUUCAAAAGCUGGCAAACACAAGACUCCCAAGACCCCCUCAAAAGACAGUAAAGGCACAACCCCUCCAGAAGAUGGUACAGUGACAAAUUCUACUGUUGACAGCAAGAUAGCACCUGUCUCAGUUGAGCAAAAUGGCAGUUCAUUUUCAACACCAGCUAAGACCUCCAAAAAAACUAAAACUAAGAUUGCAGUUACAGAUAGUAAGAGCUCAGAUUCUACAGAAGGUCACAAUGCAGAUGCCCUUUUAAAGGAAAACAAAGAAACAGUCACACCAGCUGAAGAGAGUGCUAAUACCAGCAACACAAAACAUAAAAAGUCAAAGACUCAUAAGACCUCUUCUAAAGACAGUUCAACUAAAGAUUCCUUAGAAGUUCAAAAUACUGAGAUCCAGCCGAAAGGCAAUGAACAUGUCAGUGCCCCCCAAGAAGACAGUGAGCCUCCAUCCUCUGAUCCUCCUGUGGAGAAGAAGAAGCACAAGAAAAGGAAAAAGGAGGAAGAGGUAGUUGUCGAGGAGCCUACACCUCAAGAGGUCCCCUCAGAACCAAAGAAAAAGAAGAAGAAAAAGAAGACUAAGGAUGAAGCGGAAGAGAGGAGUGAAGAGCAAAGCCAACAGAGUGUUGCAGAAACAGAGCCACAACCUGCACUGGAGUCGCUGGUCACCGUGACAACUUUGGAACCCACAAUUGACAAAAAGAAAAAGAAAAAAAAGGACAAAGACAAGGAAAGAGAAAAGGAGGAAGUGACCUCAGUACCGUCGACCCCAUCAGCUCCACCUGAGGAGGAGUCCGUUCCUAAAAAGAAGAAAAAAAAGAAACUGCUGAGUAACCAGCCUCUCACAGAUCUACCUGAGCAGCCCUGAGCACCAGAUAGGUACCCCAGAGGAGAGGAGGACGGUGUCCUGCUGAGGCUGCCCCUUACUGAAGGCCAUCCGCUUUGGAGGGCGCCUCUUUGGAGGCCUUGGGGCUGUGAAGAAGCCUCAAGAUGCCCACCCGUCCACACAGACUGUCUUUUAAAAACAAAAGCAAAGGGACUCCCUUCGAAGAGAGAAGCAAAGAAGAAAGGAAGACAUGCUGUCUUUAUAGUUUUUUAUCAAACCCUUUUUAUAUAUUUUAAAUAUGUAGUUUUGUAAAUCCAGUUUUAUGUCUUUUAUUUUUGUGGCACCAAUUAAGGAUCAUGUGCAAUCAGGGAAAUACACCUGAAGUGUGACUUGGUGGUGAGAGCUGGAAAAGACAACUGACAGUCUAGCGCAGAUUAGACCAGAUCAGAAUAGUUUACAUCAGCCAUGCUAUAUAUCACAUUCUAGUAAUGGUCAGCGAAAUGCACAUACAUUGUGUCAGAAGGCAAUAGUUUUGAAGAUAACAGGACAGUAGAAAGAAAACAAAGUUGUGAAAUGUAUAUGUCAAACUUGUUACUUUGUGAAAAAGAGUGCCUGCCUGUUAGAUAAAUGCCAUUGUAUAAAAUCAAAUUAGUUUUAAAAAAAAUAUUUUUACAUGUCAUGUUGCUGGUUGUUUUUUAAGGUUUUAAUAAG